AUGACGUCGUCGCUCCCCUUCUUCAAGAUUGUUGCACUCGGAUUGGUCCUCACACUGGCUUGGUCGUUGAUCCACCCCCAUGUCUCAAUCCCUGCCAUAAACAGCCAGACGCACUCGCACACCACAUUGGCUAUGGCCGCCAUACUACCGAAACAAUGGUCCAUUCUAGUCGAUCGCACGCCCAUCAUUGUGAUCUUCAAUCGCCCUGUCAUCGAGCCCCGGGACGCCAGCGAGCUGCCCAAGCCACCAGCGCAUCACCUACAUGUGCGCUGCAACGCAGAGCAGCCGGUGGCUGGUGACUGGCACUGGGCGAACUCGUCGGUUGCACGGUUUGACCCACGAGACAACUGGCCCUAUGACCUCGAGUGCACGGUCGACAUCGACGCCGCACUAACAACGUACGACGGCAUCGCUCUGUCCAAAGAGCCCGUACUGCAGCAAUACACGUCUCCUAAGCUCGUCAUGGUGAUUAACAGUGUAAUAUCUCUCGAAUCCACACGCAGGUCUAAUGGCCGUUGGGAGGCCUUUGGAUUGGGCCGCUGGCUGCCAGAUCUCAAGGUCGACAACAACUACCCCGAGGUGCCACCCGACGGCGAAAUGCGCGUGGUCUUCACCGGCCCCGCCACCCUCGACGCGGUUGGGGCCAACCUGCGCGCUGUCCGCCUAUCAGAUGGCGUGCCAUUGCGUUUCAAAAUCUCUACAUGCAACAAUUCGUUGCAUUAUGGCUCGAGACGUGAUGGUGACAUCAAGACCAAAUGGUCGCACUCGUUCUGUAUACGCUUUAUCGAUGAGAUCCAGGCUGGCGAGCUGCACGCCCUUGUCCUGCCACCAGGAGUGCAACUGCACCCUGGAGCCGGUCCAACGAGUGAACACUCCCUCCACUUCUACGGCCUGUUGCCUUUCUUCUUGUCCAACGAUGCGAAUACUAGAUAUCAUGCUCACGUGUACCGUGUGCGACAUGGGAUACUCGACGCAACCUCGCACGAACACACCAUCGACCUCGCACGCACACUUCAAGACGCGAUCAGCUACACGCCUUCACUGCCAUUCACUGUUACCAUCAUCGAUCGCGCCACCAUCCAAGUGGAGGCGAUCUUUGAGCCAGGCCAGACCUACGUCAUGGCGGUCAAUCCAACAAUGACUGUGCCAAUACUCGACGGCUGGGGUCAGCCCCUGCAGCCACACAACUUCACAUUUAAAAUGGACCACUCGUUCCCAGCGUAUACGUCAAUGUUGGGGAGGCGACAGAUAUAUCUGCCGCCAAGCGACGUCUCACAGAUCCACAUCAUUAGCCACGCCAAGUUGAACGAAUUCUGUAAACAGAACCAAGUUGUGGCGGCGGGCUACCCAGUCACGCUGGACAACAUCGUCACCAUACUCAACUGCACCAACUCCAAAGACAUUUCGGCGCUUGAAGAGGUUCCCCUGAUCCAGGUGACCCUGCCGCAGGACGACAGGCCCAAGGCCACGCCGAUCGACACGUACCCCCUCUGGAAGGCGAGCGGCGUAUUUGCCCUAGCGCGCCCCAGCCGCUUUGGCAACGAGUGCAAGCCCAAGACCAGUGUAUCGCUCAUCCAAGAGUCGGAUAUCAGCGCGACCAUUCUGGCCUGGGGCCGCCAACAUACGCUGGCCUGGAUCACCAACGCCACGAGCGACAAUAACGUGGUUUCAACCACAGUACACUUUUACGGCAGCCUCACUCACCUGGACGACGACAAUAAUGAAGCCGCCAUAGUGUAUCUCGGCAACAACAAGACCGAUGACGGCGGCAUCGUUCAUCUGCCUGUCCACGCAAAGGUCCAUGCAAUUGCCCUCGAGACAGGGCGCGACAGACUCUUUGUGCAUCAACUGAUUCCCUUUCAUAUGCGCGCUUGGCAAGUCCCCCCCAAGUGCCAUAUCUUUACCGAUCGCCGACUAUACGCAAAGGGUGAGACCAUCCACGUCAAGGGAUACUUCAAACACGCGCGUAAAUCACAACAAAUGUGGACACACGAGCUCUCUGUCCAAUGGCUACCCGGGCACAGCGCCCCUACUAAAUACAAUAUAUCACUCGACCCCACGUUCAACUCGUUCCACACUAGGAUUGUCGUGCCGCCCAAUGCCCAGCCUAGAGAGUAUCCCCUUUUGUUGACCUCCACCCUGCAUGUAGCCUCAGGAGCGCUCGUCCACCCUUCGUACCACAUAGUUACCGAUGUGAUUGUCGCAAAGACCGCGGGAUGCAGUGCCACAAUUAGCGCGAUUGAUGCCACAUUCAUUCAACAUGGUGGCAAUGCGAGCAGUGAAAUUACCCUCAAGAUCGCGACCACCUGUCAGCCAGGCGUGCCGCUGGCCUUUCAGAGCGUCUACCUGACGGUAUCCUGGAUCGGGAACUUUGAAUGUAUAGACCACUGCAUGGACUACCUUCGGAGCAAGAUACCAGACAAGCAGCAUGACUUAGUCACUGAUGAGAAUGGAGAGGGGACGAUGACAAUCGCAUUAGACAUUGACGAAUGGCUCCACGGUGAUGAGAUCACUAUUGUCGCCACCUUUAGGGAUCCAACAACGAAAGAGUUUUUCAAGACCCCACCACUGAAGCGCUACAUUCUCAACGGAGAAUACCAAUUCAAGAUGUCAUUGGCACAUUAUGCGCAGAUCAGGGACAGAGGCGACAAGACCAUUCCAGGUGCGCCCCAAGGCGUCUUUGCCAGACUUUACCACGUGCCAACAAUGACCGUCGUCGAAGGAGCAACAGUAAGCCUAAUGCUGGUGCCAGCGAAGGACAAUCCGACGUGGUCGAACAGCCGCCACCUCUGCUCAUUUGUCACUCGCGCUGAUAUGACCGCCCCGCCGUGCCACUUUAGUGUGAACGACACUCUGUCUUACAAUGUCAUGGCCCUUGCCAUGGACGAGUCUUACAGCUCAGUCACAGCAUCGAUCCCGAUUGUCUACGACCAUGAGUAUUGGGAGGAGCAUCCAUACACCUUCCGCAAUCGCGCGCUCACUCUAUAUCCACUGCGCAGACACUACUUUGUCGACGACCAACCAUCGAUUGAAUACUGGAAUCCAUUUGUCACGAGUAUCGUACUGGUCUACUGGGGAUGCGAUCACUUUCAAGAUGUCAUUCACACCACUGCAUCUUAUGGUGUCCAGUCCAUCCUGCUUCCUGCCAUCCCUCGUGUCUGUCAGGAGAGCGGCCUAUUCGUGGCGCUUGGUGUCCAUGGCCAGCGAGAGGGCUUUGACAUUCCCCGUGGUGUGCCGUUGGCCUCAAACAACAGUGGCACUCCCAAAGGGCUCACUGGCACAGUUAAAAUUGCGAUUAGAAAACGUACGGGCAUCCAAGCAUCGAUCGAUGUGGCGAGCAACAGCGUUGCUUCCCUGCGUGUGACUGACAAGGUCGGCCAACCUCUGACGGGCGAGGCCGAAGCCUGCAUAUAUAUCGUUGACAAGCGCGUCAAUCAGCCCCAGGACAAUGGCGAUGCCUUUAGAACAUUCAAUAUUGAUUCACCAGGGGUGCACGCCGAGACCUCGCGGUCGGCCUUUAUCGACAACUACCACACUGUUGCGAAUGUGACAAUUGGGCGGGCACAAAAGGACCCAUGGUCACCACCCCCUACAUGGCAGUUAGGAAGUAUAAGUCCCCACCCUCUUUACCCGCGGGAGGAACAUAGUUGGUUCUGCUGUGAUCAUCAUUGGUACAUCCCUACAGGCGACCAUGUGUGUCCUGAUCCCCACCGAGCAAUGACGCCAUUGUUCGUUGGCAACACAAUCUUGCGUGAUGGACACGCAUCAGUAACUCUCGACCUGCCGGAUGACCUGACAGCAUAUACCAUCCGCGCUGUCGUUGUGACCAAGGGUGCAGAGCAAUUGGCUACUGCCGAGUCAGAAUGUGGGAGUCUUUGA